CCGGACGAUUGUUACGCGGGGCACGGGCGCCGCGGACCGAACGAACGCCGCGCGCGCCGUUUUUAAGAGCGGACGAUAAACGACAGUAAUGUUACGAUGACGACGCCGCGCGACACCGUGUGACGGCGACACACCGAACGGCAGCAGGACAUUCGUUUUGGCUUCAAGCAAGCGCAUACGCCGUACGGGCAGCAGAGCAGGUGGGUACCGCGACGGCACCGCGGACGCGUAUCGCCGGUCGGCUUUUGGACACUGUCGUCGCGUUCGGUCCGCGACGGAAAAUCCGUGAUGCGGUGUGGGAGGGGAGGAGGGGGCGUCGAUUCGACCGGCCGGCUUCUACGGCGCGGACGGUCGUGUCGCCGUCGUCGUCAUCAUUAUUGUAAUAUUGUUCGCGUUUCGAAAAACACUCGCGCGGAGGCGCGGAGUUUUAUAAUCGUUUUUUCUUUUCUCUGUCCGCUAACGGCUUUUCCGCCGGAUAUCUGCCGUCGACCGUUGACUUUGGCGCGUUUAUUUUAAUAAUAAUAAUAAUAAUAAAAAAUUUAAAUCUUUACACACAUACGCGUUGUACAGCGGGCACAUAUACAGGGGUAGGAGGUAGGUGUUCAACCCUUCCCCGCCGAAAAUCAAUAAUCGCGUUAUACGUUUAUACCAAUUUAAUAUUUUUUUUUAUAAAUAUUGAUCAUUGUACAUUUUUUUAUGAACCCCCCCGCUGAAUUUUUUUUCACGUACGUGCCUGUUAUACGGUACAUAGUCGACAAAGCAAUUAGACACCGUAGCUGCGUAAUAAUUCAAUCAAAAUUAAAUUAACCCGACUGAAAAUUAAUACAUAGUCGUUUUUAAUAAUAUUGCUGGGCAAUUAUACAAUAAUUGUAAACUAAAUGAGAGUUGUGCCAACUUAACAUAUUACGCAUCAUUAUUAAAAAAUACGAAACAUCUGUGCCACACAGAGUGACGUAUUUGGUAAAUCGUAGGCGUGCGCGGGAUUUUAUUGCAGGUGUUGCCGAUGGUAAUUUAAUAAUUCAUUAUAAAAUAAAAAUUUGGCAUAUGGGUACAAUUACCCGUUACAUUUAUUUAGUCAUACGCGUAAUUUACAUUGAAACAAAUACAUUAAAAACGUCUAUAUCGUUCAAUAAUAAUUUAUUGUUCGUAAAAAUACUUAAAAAUAGAUGCUAUAAUCGAAUUUCGGGGCAUGAUAUCUGUGAGUGAAAAAAAAAAUGGAAAGAUCGGAAAUAAUGUAACUUAUAUUCUCGUAAUCUUUCCCGUUUUUGUUUCCAGGGUUUUUCCAGUUAUAAAGGAAACAACCAAGAAAAUCAAAAUCCGGCACCCUCGAAUUGUCGAAUAUAUAAAAAAAAAAUCUAACAAAAAGGGUCAUCUUUUAGCAAGAUUUCUAUAGGUACCAGAGUACCUAUAGAAAAGUUGUAAGCCGUCAGAAAAAAAAAACCAAAACCAAAAAAAGAGGUAAUAAGCUCUUGAUGUAAUUUGAAAAUUUGAAAAGAAAGAUACGUUUAGUUAUUUAAUUGCUAAUAAAAUAGCGAAAAUUCUGAGCGAAGUUCGUUUUUACGUUUUUUUAAAUGUUAUAGUUUUUACGAUUUUCUUCAAAAUUUGAACUAAUAAAAAAAAUCUGGUCUGAUUCACUCCACGCUACACUGCUAUAUGCUGUGCUGCUAAUAAUAAAUGUACCACAAAUCUUUCAGUGCAAUUUUUUUGUUCAAUUACAUUAGGCCCAAAUUACACGAGAUGCCACGAUUUAAAAAUGUAAGAUGUCUACAAAUAGCUUCAAAAUCCAGUCUUUUGAAAAUUUUAACACGUCUUGAAAAAUUUUAUAUGAUCAUUAUUCCGUAUAAAUUUAAGAUCUAAUUCAAUUCAAAUUGCGUCAAAAUUAUCGAAACCGCACAUAUGCCGUGUUUCUCUAUGUACUUUUCGUCUAAUUAUUUCCCAAUUAUUUGUAAUCCACAAUGUCUUAACUAGAUCCAAAAUACACGAAAAUAGGACCUCUUGUCAUUUUUCGAUUGGAGUCUACAGUUUAAUUCAUGACAAGUUAUAAUAAAGUAUAAUAAUGUAUAGUACGCAGAUGUGCGGUAAUAAUAUAAUGUGGACAUUAAAAAAAAAAAAAAAAAAUAACCAAAAUGUGUAUGUACACCGAAAAACAUGGGCGGAAAAAAUAAAUCACAAUGGGUUUAAAAAGACGUUUUGUGCAGUUAAUCUAUUAAUCUUAAAAGAGAUUCGGUGGAAGUCGUAUUUAUAUAUUAUUUUGUAUUUUAUUAUAAUUUGCUUGAAAGGAUUUCUGGUUUAAAAAAAAAUGUGCAGUGACUUGGUGUUUCAAUUUUCUUUUUAAUAUUUUUUUUAUUGUUUGUAGGCACCUUCUUCUCGUGUACACAAACGGUAAUAUAAUUUCUCAUCAUCAUGUAACCUCAUAACUCUUACAGAAUUUCUUCUGCCACUCUCCUCGGCCUCCAAUUAUUACGAUCCUCCCAAUCAGUCAUCUCGAAUCUCACCAGACCCUGCCGCCCUUCAUUCAUUUACUGUCUGCGUGGUCUGCCCCCGGGCAUAUUUCCUUGUUGGUCUCCUCCAAAUUAGUCCCCUAACUUUGUUUGCUCUUUCUUUUCUCAUUGCAUGCCAGAAAGUACUGAAUUCUCUUUCCCUUCACCAAUGAUUUAUUAGGGAUUCAGUAGUUAUGUCUGAACAGUUAUUUCCCAUGUAUCUAAAUUUUCUUUUGUAAUCGAACACUGGUCUUAGAACUUGAUUCUCGAAGAUUCAUUUUUUUUUUUUUAUAUACAAUUCGCAUUGAAAUAAAGGCCAUACUUCACAUCUAUACUUUCAUGUUGGUCUUUCAAUAGCCAUUUUAAGCAUUUUUUUUUGUUCUUUUGAUUUGAAGUAUUUAAUUAGUGCAAAACCCGCUCUUCCUGAUUUGAUCAAUCAACCGAAUACCCAUUUUUACACUCUAAUCGUUAUUGUUAUGGUAAUUGUUAUUGGCGUUUGUUACUCCUAAGAACUUGAAUCUCCGGGCUUUCUCAAAUACAUAUUUCUCCACGGUAAUGUCCCAUUUUAAUCAGCCAACAUUUCCAUCAUUUUCGUUUUCUCUUCAUUUCCCAAUCUUUUUGUUUCAUGUAUGCGUAUUUUUUAUUUGUUUUCUUCCUGCACAAUAUUCAAAUCAUCUGCAAAUAAUAACACAUCGAGCGUGGUUUUUCUAAUGUUAUAUGAAACAAUAUCGGUAAUAGCGCAUCAUCUUGUUUAAGUUCAGUCAUCGCUUUUUCUCCGACAGUGAACGGUUCACUCUUACUUGAUAUUUGAUACAUUCAUACACAUUUUUGGUACCUACAGAAUUUUUUUCGAUUGAAUGCCGAUUAACGCCUUUUCGGUGUCCAAAAAAACUUGUAAUGUGUGUUUAAUAUUAUACUAUCCAACGGUAUGACGUAUAUAAUAAUACUAACUGUUGUAUGUAAUUUUUAUUUUUUAUUAUUCUGUGGUUUACGAUAAUAUGGUGGUAUGUAGUCGGUAAGGGUGCGUUUCAGAAACAUUAUUAUAAUAUUAUAGGCGUGCCUAUAUUAUAUUGGUUUUUGUUUGUAUUUCACGGGUCGAAAAAAAAAAUGAAAAAAAAAAAAAGCAAUCUGUUUUCCUGAUAACGGCUGAUAAAUAUUUUCACGACACGCGUUCGGCUCCGGCAAUAUAUUAUACCACAAAACGAGCUUAAAAAUAAGUCUUCUAUAUUAUAAUGCGUAUAGAACACCAACAAUGGUAGGUAGGUACGAAAUAUUAUUGUUGUCAUACGAAAACCAAUUGUGCUACUCGAAUAUUUACAGCGUAUAUAAUAUAAUAUACGCGUAUAUUAUUAUCAUCGUUUCGUGAACCGACGCGUAUAAUAUUAUUAAUGUUUUGUGUCGACUAAAAUGAUAGGGGAAAACAGAAAAAAAAAAACCAAAUCUCGUUUCCUACACGAAAUAUUGUUACUCUCCCUGCACAGUCCGGCCACUCCCUCGUCGUGCGGCUGCACUCUGGCGACACCACCGGGCGCGACAUUGCACCGCGGUUCAACUCCUCGGCCGUCGCGUUAAACGAUUUUGCAUAAAUUACACGUACCUAUAUAAUAUAUUAUUUUUAUUACCAUUAUUGUUAUUUUAUAAUGAUACGUCUAUCGCGGUGUGUAAUGAAUCAAAAAUUAUAACCGUAAGACACGCGGACCGCGGUAUAAUAAAGCGUACAAUAAUACGUAUUAUAAUGAUAAUGAUAUUAUUCUGGUCUUCACAAAACUGCAUUAUUCCCUUUUCGACCCGCCGAGUUCCCGGCCCCGGGCUGUGCGGUUCCCGCCGUGUGUACACGCAGGAUAACUCGAUCGUCGCAAAAAUGGGCGGAAUAAGGAGGGGGGGGGGUUAAACCGGCCGUUCGAAUUUGAACGAAUGUGUAACAACCGUUUUGUAUUUUAGAUUCCGAACUGUCCGAAAGAGCUAUUUUAGUUUUCCAGAAUUGGACGUUUCCUUUUCGUUAUUAGACAAGUCAACAGCGUAUCAGGGACUUUGUCGAGGAUGGUGGAUCGAUAUCGAAUUUCGAAACUGUGUCAUAUCGUAUAACGUGUACCGUGGCUAAAGAAAAAAAAAAUGUUUUCAUUAAUUAUCAAUUAAUUUUCAUAUAAUACAGUAAACGACUGGACCAUUUGCUGAGCCAUCUGUAAAUUUAUAAUUCAAUACGCCACUACACUAUAAUAGUAUAAUAUCCUUUCACGAUCCACCAACUACAGUUGCCAAUUCCAUAGUCCCUGAUGUAAACAUUUUUUUUUUUAAAAUAUAAUAAGUGACUUUCCCUCUCACAAUGAAUUUUCGAAACCCAUCGCGCGACUCUUCUGCGGACAUACUGCCAGCAUACUAUAAACAAUUAUAUUGUUCCCGCGCGUUCUGAACACAACACCUAAAGGCGAAUAUUUUAUAUAGCAAUUAUUCAAUCUCGAAAUACAUGUUGUAUUUCAGCCGCGCUACGUCACAAACAAAAGUCUGAUUUGAACUUGAAGAAAGAUAUUGGCUCUUUUUUUUUUUUUUUCGAUACCCACUUAAAUUCUCGUUGGAACGGUGUAUAGAGUUACCCUACAUAAUAUGGUCGAAAAUUGCGUGCGGUUUACUCGUGAUUAUUGUUAUUCGCAAUGCGCAUGCACUCCCGCUGAAAAUUUCCGGGCGCGCCGCCGUCUGAAUUUUUCAGUUGUCAUUGUCGCGCGAAUAAAAAGCGACUGCCGAACGUUAACACAUAUAUUUGCAUAUUUAUCAUGCGUAACAAUGUAGGAACUUCACAGCAAUAUAAUACGCGACGUUUGCGCGACGGUCCGAUUGGAUAUUUUCGAAGAAUGAUUCGGCAGAAAAAAAAAUAAACGCGUCGCAUAUAUUAUAUACAUUUUUUUAUUAUUAUUAUUAUUAUUAUUAUUAUAAUGUAUUAAUCAUGUUUUAACGUUGGUCGGACCGUUAUGCAUCACAUUUCCCCCUCCCCCCGCGCUUCCUUCCGUUGUAUAGGCGCGGCGGUAUACACGCAACCGUAUAUUUACAAUGCCUACUGUACAUAAUAAAAUAUAAUAUUAUUUCGGGAGUAUAAUAAAAAUAAAUUUAAUAUUGUACAUUUCGUCGUCCGGAAAUUGAAACUGACGCGCUGUAUCUGUAUAAAAUACGCGCGGUGUCAUAAGAUCGUCCGGAUAACGAUUUUGGCGGUGACAGUUGUACGACCGCGGUAUAAAAUAUGGUAAUAACACAACAAUAUAUUAACAAUGCGAUAUUAAGUUUUAGAAAAAAAUUAUUUUCCGUUUAAUUUUAAUAAUAAAAUCUAAAGAGGAGCGUUUUUAAAUUUUCUUUUUUGUAUCGGCGCGUUUCGAAAUCACACAUUAUAUUUUAACACGAUGCUUGAUGCGUCUUUUUCUUCUUUUGUCUCCGUCCUCGUCCCGGUUGUUUGAAAUUAACCACCCUCAUCCUAAACUUCCACUUGACCUGCUCUUCGAUCUCCCACAACGUCCUCACAUACACCGGUCGUCCUAAUAUCACUCUCAAUCUAAUCGCCCCUUUUCCGGUGUUUCUCCUACGUUUAUUUAUUUCCAUUGUCAUUCUUACUGCUUCCAAUGUAUCUCUCCCCAUCACAUACCCAAUCGAUCCGUGUAUAUUUUUCCUCAUUUUGUCCACUAUCAAAACCACGCGUAAGUUACCUCUUAUGUACUCACUCCUUACACUAUCUUCUCUCGUCAUUCCACUCAUUCACUUAAGCAUUCUCAUCUCAACUACAUGCAUUCUACGUUCCAGGUUUCUGUCUAUCACCCAACUAGUGCUUGACUUGGAAAAAAGUAGUAGGUAUACUUUAGAGACUUUUAAAAAAGUAGAGUCCCGAGCAUUUUAAUAUCCCUCACAUUACCAAGGGGAUUUCGCCCGUCACAUUCCUCAAGAAGCAUUUAUAUAAAAUCAUUAAACACGUAAAACAGAAUAAUACAAUAAUUGUUUUGAUAUAACUUGCCUUUUUUAAAACCGACAUUAAAAUAAACACAACAAUUACAAACUUACCAUGUAUAAAUUAAUUAUUUUUCAUUUAAAAGAUUCCUUAAAUGAGAAUAUUGGUCACUGGAUUAAACGAGAUAAUAGCAUACUGCUCAAUGAUAAUACUAUAAGUAAUAGGUUAGUAUACUUCGAAGACCGUGUGCUUACUGAUCUUCUAAGGGUAUGGGUCAAUAGUUACUGGUUACCUGGAUUUAUAGAUAAUGCGUGGUUAUAAUUGAUGGCUACUUAUCAGUUAUCAUAUAUCAAAUAUGAGAUAUCAAUACAUUUUGUAAAUAUUAGAGUAUUUUUUAAGGUUUAUAACACAAACAUAUUAGUUGAGCAAUUUUAUAAAAAUGGGUAAGCUUAAAUAACAGUCCGUCCUAUGCGUUCCCCAUUAAAAAGAAGUAGGCAUACGUUGGAAUAUCCAAAAAAUUAGUUAAGGUACUUAGUCCCCCACGUCUAGCUCCAAAAUUAAGCACUACAGCAAACACUCCGAACCAUAACAAUGAAAAAAACAAUAAAAAAAACCGCGAAUACAAACAUUGCAUUGACCAAGAGUGGUAGGUAUAGACGCACAGUGUUGAGUUUUGUCUAGAUAGGCAUAUUUCAUCUUUUAUCUUAUUUAGAUAAAUGAGAAAUAAUAAGUAAUGAGAUUCGAUACCUGGGGUACAUAAUUGAAUCGUCUAUAGGUAAAUCUUUUUAUAUCGGAAUUCAAUAUACCUAUCACAAAUAAUAGGUAACGUAAUACAAUGUUGUACACUAAUAUUUAUUAUAUUUUAAUUCAUAUUAUUAUGGUUUAACAAAUUGAUAGCUUACCGCAUAAAUCUUUAUGAAAUGUGAAUACCUUUUAAAUCCGGCACACUUUUAAUAAUUAUAAAGCACUUACAGUUUUAUAAAAGGUAACGCAUACAAUAAUUACCAUUUUUUUGUUUACCUUAAGAAAAAGUUUCUAAUUAUAAUUUGUCUCUAUCUAGAUAAUUAAAUCGUAAUGUACAUCUUAUAUCUUAAUUUAAAUCUAAAUUGUAUCUUCGUCAAUUAUCACUUAUUUGUUUCUGGAUAUUUGAAAAUUUAUCCUUUACAACAUAGUUGAUGACAACACACGUAUUCGGUGAUUUUCGGGAAGGGGGGGGGGUGGAAUUACGUCGCAUGAUUAUAAUUAGUGUCAACAAAUUUUAUAAAAGUUCAUUACGAGCUCGUUGAAUAAAUUAUGAUAAAAUUAUAAUUAUUCUCAUUAUGAUAUUAUAAUAAACGUAUACUGUAUAUUUACUGGGGGAUAAUUAGUUUAUUAGUGUAAACGAAUUAAUUUCCUUCAAACAUUUUAGACGACUACAAAGUGUACAGUGAUAAACGAGUGGGGCGUGUUUAGACGUUAUUUUUUUUCAAACACCUAAAUGAUUUCCUUCUUAACUUUUGAAAAUUUACCAAACUCGUGUACUGUAGCGCUUAAUUUAUUUUAUUUUUUUUUUUUUUUGUUGUUGUAAUGAGUAACAAAUUAUUUUUAUCCGUGUAACUUGAAGAUAAUAAAAUAUAAUCUAUUAAAUGAUUAUAAAUAAUUCAAACGGUAAAAUUUAAAUAGUAUUAAAAUUAAAAAAAAAAAUUUCGUUAAGUAGAUAAAAUAUCCGCAGCUAUUGUCUUAGUUUAACUAAAGGGCAACAUACCAAAAUUUCGCUACCUAUUGGAAUAUAUAUAGGUUUUGGCAUUUUGGUUGAUAUCGGAGCGGUGAUAAUUAAAAAAAAAAAGAAACCACGAAAAUAUUCUUCCUUUUAAAUGUUGCUAUUUAUGGGUUUAUAAUCCGAUUUCAACCUAAACGCCACCAUUUACGGUCUAAGUAACGUAACUAUAUCGCUUAGUUUGUCCGAGCCCAGAACAUGGAUAAAUGAGAUCCGGCUAUAGAGACGGUUGGAUAUUGGCCGUUGAGUACUCACUUAUCGUCUCGUUCGGAAAAUCUUGGCACGGGAUAUCAUGAUGAAGACAAUACUUUGUUUUGGAAAAUCAAUUCGGAACACUUUGAAACAAUUUGUUUCUUUGUUAAAGGAAUGCCCAAAUACCCGAAACUGAGCCUGCAUAACUAGUGGCCAGAGUUAAAAUACAAACUUUUGCUCGCAUUCGUUAUAUUUUCUUCCUCGACAUUUGUAAACCGUAUAGUAUUCUAUUGUACCGGUAUACCAGAAUGUAUGCGUUCUAAAAAUGUGUUUCACAGUUUUACACCAUAUGCGCAUUGUAUCAACAGAGUAGAUGUACCUAAUGAAAAAAAAAAAAAAAACCGAAAAAACACACGUAUCGCCGCGGUAAGACUACUGAAAUGUUCGAAUCUAAAAUUAAUUGAAUGCGAGUAGUUUUCGUUAAAACGAUUACACGGAUCGUUCAGUCGCUUGGGUAAUAUGCGAACAUAUUCGGAAAAUUAUUCGCAAAUUAUAAUAUUAUGCAUUUACUAUCAAAAGGAUUUAAUUCAGUUGGGCCAAGUCGAUUAUUAUGUAGUAUAAUAUUAUAUACACAAUAUACGUACGACGGAGUUUACUCGUGGCUGGCGUUAAUAAUAUUAUAAACGAUCGCGAUUGAAAAUCGAUUAAACCCAAAGAACUUUGGGCCGUAUCGUUUCGGGGUGAUUAAUACCUGUACCUAUGCGAGAUUACAUUUAUGCGACGAUGUCUCGACAAAGGGAUUUAAUUAAUUCGAUAAUUUUCCCCGAGAGUCGCGUAUCCCGUAAACAUCGCCUAUGUAGUAGGUUUAUAAAUAAAUAUUCAAUACUCGUUCAAUCGGCUGCGUAAAGAGAAGUACUGCACUUUUUGUGUAGAAUUUUUUUUUUUUUUUAGAUUUUUAACGGACCGAUGAAUGUAUUUUUUUUUUCUACUACGGGGUGAGUUUUUUUGUGGUUUUGUAUUUGCAAAUCACUUUUCUACGUGCGAUUUCGUGCUCUGAUCAAAAAAAACCACAAGAACCCUUUUUUGUCGCAUUUUGGUUCUAGUUGGUGUUUCGAUAAGGUUUAUCAUCUUAAUUUCUAAACGCAUUUCAUAAUAAUCGAAAAACCCCGUACAACACGUAUACUAUAGUACAAUAAUAAAUAUAUACUAUCUUAUACAAUUUUAUUCGAUAAUAUUUUAUAGGUAAUAAUAUAAUAACAGUAUUUUUUUUUUUUACUUUUCAUUUAUCCGAUGCAAUACAAUAUUUUUAAUCGUAAGUAAAAACAAUACAAUUAACAUAAUAUUUCUUCGGUUCAGGGAAUGAAGGCAUAAUAGUUAAUUUUUGGUAUUUAAAGAAAGAAAAAAAUUCUCUUUAUAAUGACAUUUUUUCCAUUUAUUUUUUUUUUGGUUUAAAUCGCAUCAGUGCGCACGUAUUUAUUUUCAAAUUAGUGUAUGUACAAGAGAGUAAAUGUUUAAAAUUAAAUUAUUUUUUAUUAAAAAAUUAACCAAAAUUGACGUAAACCCUUCUUUCCUAAAACCGAAGAUGAAUACAAAGCAAUUGUAGUAGCUAUAGGGUAAAUAAUUGCAAUAUUUUUUUUUUUAUUUCAUUUAAAUAAUGAAUCAACGGUAUACGAGUAUAAUAAUAUACCAAUGAUAUUAUUCGUUUAUGUAAUUCGCUUAUGAUACACACUACCUAUUCACGUUUAUACGUAAUAAUAUGGAUAGAAACCACUUAUAAUCGAACAUACAUAAUACUAUAACUCUUAACAUAAUUCAACGUUCCGAGACGUUCUUGUGUACCUGUAUAAAUUAUAUGGGUACAGGCGUAUGGUAAAUAAUGAUAUUGGCCGCAAUCGUAUAAUAUUAAUUGUGUGUAUAAAUGUAAUUUGCGGAAAAUAAUCCAGCGUAGAAUAUAUAGUGUAUAAUACUCGUACAGGUAGUUAUAGCGGUUUCGUUGAAGCGAUUACUAAUAACACACCUAGCGGUUAUUUGCGGGUUAACAAACCUUCCAGCAGUGCCACGAAACCUUUUCGCUGCGGGUACGUCGGCACAUUUUUCGAAUUCUGCGUUAACGCCGCAGAUACGUGUUAAACGGCUACCAUUACACAGUAAACCUACCACAAUAAAUCUUAAUCUCGGCUACCGUGCGCCAAGUGAACGAGUUUUAUCGACUAACCCGUGAAAUAUUUGUUUGCGCCACGAAUUAUACGAAAAAUAUUCGAAAUCCAACACAAACCGUUUCUAUGUACCUGCCAUCAUAUACGUAUAGUUCACGGCACAUCGGCAAAAAAAUAUUUCACGGUUGAAUCAAUACAGUCCUGUUGCCCCGUUUCGUGUGCAGCUAACUAUUAACUAAAUAUUAUGGCUGCUAACUACCCAUUGUACCACUUAUGGGGCACCUUUUAUCAUCUAGUUGUUUCGUAUGUCUACGGCUGAUAAAAUAAUAAAAUAAUAUGUUCGUUUGGAUAGAUCGCAUCUGCGAACCUGUUCGCAGGUUAGUUAAAAGUUAGUCUUUAUAGUACGUGUGAUGGGCAUUUUUUUUCACGAUACUAGAAAGGUGCGCGAACAUUCCGCGUCAUUUUUCGGUGCUGCGUGUUCCGAUAUUUAAAAUCUAUAUGUAAAACUGAUAAUACCCGAUUCUGUAUUUUAAACCGACAACCGUGAGUCAUCUCUUGCUGAACACCGUGUUGCAGAAAAACUUUUAAUUGAAGCGUUUCGUCAUUUAUACAAUAUACUAUUGUCAUAUAAAUUACAAUGAAACCUUACGGACUUAAAACUUUAUUUAAUCUGUACUAUCCAUACAUAAAUACAUAAAUCAAUACAUUAAAUUUAAAUAAACCAAAGUGUAUUUACCUCUUGAAGCUAAAUUUAUAGUGGGGGUAAAUUAGCUAUCAUACAUUUCAUAUGAUUUAAAUAACACCAAUCUGUACACUAAAUGUUUAAAUAAAUUACGAAAUACGUUAUUUUUCCGACAUACGGGGGGUAUAAACAUAUAGGUUGACGAAUUUUGUCUUUUAUUAUAAAAUCACUUUAAUUUCAUAAUAGCAUUGCCAAUAGCAUAAUAACAUUUAUAAUAGCAUAAUCCGUACGGUUAAAUACAAUACACUCAUAACAUUUCGAAUAAUUGAAAUAUUUUAUUCUGUUACGUUGGUGUACACGUAGACGGUUAGUGAUAAACACGUCUAAUCAUUUUCGAACAACCGCCCGUUACCCUUGUAAAUUCCGUACGAUAACGUCGAUAUAACGUCGAUACGUAGGCAUGCCGUACGGAGCGGUCGUCGAAUUCGGGUACGCGUCCGAUCGACACAAAUGGAAAUCGGUUACAAAAAAAAAAAAAAAAACAAAAACAUAUUCAACGAAAACCCUAUAUAUGUAAUCGAUCGAUUACGCGGCGCGAUUCAUACGGUAGCCGCCGCUAUCCCGUCCCGUGUAUAUUACAAGGUGUUAAAUUAUAAUAAUAUAAACUAUCCAAAACUGUUUAAAAAACCCUCGGCCGCGCGUCAGAAAACGUAAUAUAAUACAACGUCAAAUAAAAAACAAAAAAAAAAAAAAAUAAUAACAAUAAUAAUAAAAUAAAAUAAGAAACGUCCGAAAUUACGCGCGAGCUCGUACGACAAUACCCGCCGUACGCGAUAAAACGUACGUACAUAUAACCUGUACGGAUACUAUUCGGCGUAAAUCACAAUAAUAUCUCGUACGUUUUGCCCCGUCAAAAUAAAAUCGAUCCCGCGCCGAUCGCCCCCGCCGCGUACCUGCCCAUAGUAAUGAUAUUGACGGCGAAAUAAUAUAAUCGACCGGACGAUAAAUCACCACGGCUGGUUAACGCGUCGUGUCUUCUAUAAUCGUAUUGCGCAUAUAAUAAUAUAUUAUUAUCGUUAUUGUUGUAGACACGGUGGACGGCGACGUUUCCGACGAAAUCCAAUUUUCACCGUAAGUAUACCCAUAUAUAUAUGUGUAUAUAGAGAGAGAGAGAGAUACGGAUUAUUAUAAGAUCGUAUGGUUGUGCCGUGAUUUAUCGAGCAGAGUUCGUCGAUAACCGGCCUUUGGCGAUGCGACGGCCCGCGUUAUUAUAACAUUAUGUACAAAACGAUAUUAUUUCGUAUAUAUUUUUACGCAUACGCGGCACAAAAUGUAAUACCGAUUUCGUUUUUUAUUUUUUAAACAUUGUGUAAUAAUAUUAUAGGUACGGUUAGGAUAACCGGAUAUUAGUUACAACGCGAACGCGGGACGCUAGGUUUUGCCCGGCGUUUAAGUCUCCCGGUCGUCGGCGAUCUGACGCGUAUAGAAAUAAAUAAAUAAAUCGGCUGCGGCGUAUUUCGCUAAAAUUUGUCCGACGGAUUUUAACUUGUGCAAGUAAAUAAUAUAAUAUUAACCUUGGUUUGAAGGCUACGAUCACUUAACUUGGUAAAAAUGACAUUUAAUUUAUCAUUGUUUUACAGAUCCAAAAACUUCAACAGCAUCGUCAUUUUUAGAAUUAGUUUUAGUUGACAACUAACAAAAACAACGUAUGUAUUUCUUUUAUUCAUAAAUUAUAAAUCAGAUAUUUUCUCAGUAAUCAUUUAAGUAAAACCUUUGUGAAAUUUUCUCUGUAAUCAAAUACUACGAUGUAAUUUUUUUUUUCAUAUAUAUUUUAAAUUUAAUGUCCGUAAAAGCGGUCGUGUCCUUAGAUAGUUAAGGGACAGUAGAAUAAGUCUUAGGUCUUGAUAAUAGUCUUGAGAUUCACCACUCGGACAGUAAAGUUGUUCCUUCGUGACAACAAAAGAGUAAAAAUCAAUUAAAUCAUUUACCUUGUUUUAUCAGACGUAGUUUUGCAUAACAAAAUAGAACUUAUUAUUGAUUAAUUUAAUAAUUCAUUCACUCUCUACGUUCAAAGACUCAAAAUAUUGGGAUAUUUGAGGUUAUAAGAGAUAGAAUUUUUUUCUUAAGAGGCGUACAGGGGAACAACUGAACCCCUCUCACAUGUUUAAUUAUAAUUUUGGUAGAUUUUUAAAAAGUGUUUCAUGUUUUCACAGCCGAUUGGUUCAAUAGUGACUGUUAUUUCCGUAUUCCGUCUUGUAUUUGUGAUAAAUUAUGGAUAUAAAAAGGAUUAGAAAGCCCAACAUAACAGAAAAACAAAAACAAUUACUUGUAGACUUUGCUGUAUUACACCCUGAACUAGUGUCGGGAAAAAAUAUAUCGAAUACUACAGUAAAAGAGCGACAAAACUUGUGGAAAAAAAUUUCCUCUGCUUUGAAUUAUGAAGUUGGACCAAAAAAAUCUUGGAGUGAAUGGAGAAAGGUAUUAUACAUAAAUUAUAUUAGAUUGUUAGUUGUUUUAUUUUCAAUAUAAAUAUAGUUUUUUUUUUCUUUUUACAUACUUAGACAUGGUGUGAUAUAAAGACCAAUACCAAAACCAAGGCUUGGCGUUUUUGGAAAAAAAGAAAUAAGACCGGAGACGACGAAAACACACUUGAACUAUUUAGUGAGCUAGAUAAUAAAAUAUUAAAACUGAUCAGUCCGAAAAAUAUUGAAGGACAUAAUACAGUUACAGAAAAUGGUGCUAUGACAUCUCUUGUAUCACAUUUGUAAGUUUUAUAACAACAGAAUAUUAUUCAUCUAACGGUGAAAAUUGAAUUUAUUUUAGGGACUUUACAAUCCGAUUGGGAAAUUUGUAAUUUUAACAAAACUGAUUAAAUUGUCAUCUCACCAGUAGUUGCAUACGUACAAAAUCUAUGCCUACUAUUUUAUUUCAUGUUACAGCAAUUUGUAACUUAUAAAUGAGUUGCUAUGUAAACAAAGUGAUAAUAUUAGAUAGGUAGCCCUGUACCCUGUACAACUUAUGGCUAAUAAAUAAUAAUAAAUCUAGAAAUACAUAUUAAUUAUUAUUUAAAUUAAGCAGCUAGUUUCUCUGAGAAACUUUGUUAAUUAUUUUUGCUACUUCUAAUAUGUUACAUAUACUAGGUGGGUAUCUUAAUUACAUUUAUAACAAUAUCGAUAUCAUACAAUUUUUAAUUUUUUCAAACUUACGGAUGCAAAUGGCUCCUACAAAUCUCUUACCGUCCGUUGCCCAGAUUCUACCCAUGCAAUUUAUGAAAAUAUUUAUUAAACUAACAAAAUGAUAGCGCAAGGGAACAUCACGCUCUCAUUUCUGGUGUAAACCACGACGUUAACUGUGUUAUCACACAUUCACAAAUCGUAUAUGGUACAGUACUAUGGUGAUAUCCCCUUACGUUAACAUUUUGUUUUAAAAUUGUUAUUACAUUAAAUCUAAUAACCUGUAAUAUUUUAACCGCGUUAACAAAUUGUAUGUGUUAAACAUAAUUAUUAUCUCAAUUAGCCAAACAACCGAUGCGAAUACGAAUACGGAAGUAGAUAAUUGUGUUAUGGUGAAUAAUAUUCAAAAUGCGUGCAGGGAUAAAAGGUUUGUUUUUAUUUAUUUAUUUUUCGGAUAGGUAGCUGACUUCAAAGUUAUUAAUUUCAAUAAAUAUGUUCUUUUGACAGUGGUUUAAGUGGAAUUAAUGAUUUGGUAUUCCAAACAAAUAAUAUUAAUACAAGUAAUGUUGUUGAUGAUAAUUGUACCAAUGACCAACCUUUGCCGUCUACAUCAAAAGUAUCAAAUAGGUAUGCGUACUCGUAAUUUUUGAAAUAAAUUGAUAUUGCAAAUUUUUAAAUAAUUAUUAAUUAUAAAAUUUGUACCUAAAUAUAUAUAUAUAUAUAUAUAUAUAUAUAUAUAUAUAAGGAUAUAUAUCCUUGUUCGCAGAAAUGUACAUAAAGGUAAAAAAAAUAAUAGGCGGACCACAUUACACAACGCAGUCGCUGCAAUUAAAUCAUUUGCUGUUAUAAGCCAAAAAAAAAUGAAAAUAAAAGCCGAUUAUUAUGAAAAAAAGUUGUUAUUACUAGAGCGAGCUGUAGUAACCAAGGAAAAACAAGCUGACAUGUUAAUAAGUAUUGUCCGAACAUUGGCAUCUCGACCAAAUGUGUAGCUGCUUGGCUUUCUCUUACCGCCUACUCAAUUGCGAAACAACCAAAUAAUUAUGAAUAUUUGUAUAAUGAUAUAAAUAGUGCACAAUAUAUCGCUAAUAUUCAUAUAUUACCAACUAUAGUAACCAUAUGGUUUACAUGUAAAUGUCAAUUGUUUGAAUUGUUUAUAUAAAUAUACUUAAUAAAAUGUCCA